AUGUCUGCGUACGAAGAACCGCUUUCUAGCCCUAACAUGGCAAGCUCUAUUGUGUACAUGAAUGAUGAAUUCUUAAAUAACUUUAAGAUGAAACAAUCUUAACUCACAAUGCUCGAUAAAAUAAAGCUUUCCAGAGAUGUUAGUGAAUUGAGCAUUCUUUCUUAAGAUUCGGAUGAUUUUGAAGCCAAAUAAGGAUUUAAAAAUAAAGUUUGGAAGGAUAGAGCAUUGAAUAUUAUAGUUCUUGUCGCUCGAUUUGUUACUUAUCUAUUGACUAAUUCGGAUAAAUUUAAAUUACGUUAUUUAGACCACAGACAAUUCAAAGUUAUUGGAGAUUAAGCUUCUGAUUUUAACUUUUAUGUAACACAAAAAUUAAUUAGAGGCAAGUCUAAGAAAGGUUCAUUAGUAAUUUAUCUAAUUAUUCUAAGGAAUUAAUAGAGACAAAAAUUAAAUAUUUUUUCGUCAAUUAUUAAACCCAUAAAACCUGAUAACUCAUAUAAGCUUUAUUGGGAUGUUUUAGUUUUUUUCAUACUUCUAAUAAAUAUCAUAUAUAUACCUCUAAAGAUUUCAUUUGAAAUAAGUGUGGUUGAUGGAGCGAAUUUAUUGUUAGACACUUUGCCUUAGUAUGUCUUUGUUUUUGAAAUACUGCUCAAUUUUAAUGUGGCUUACUACUCAAGAGGAGUGUUAGUUUUGAAUAGAGGAUAAAUUUUCAAACACUAUUUGAAAGGCAAAUUUGCUCUUGAUUUUAUAGUUCUCAUACCCUUUAUGAUAGGCCGAUCUAAUGUUCCAUACAUAGAAUUUGUGUUGCUAUUCAGAGUAUCCAGAGUUAUGUAUAUUUUCGAAAAUAUUGUUGAAACUAUGAAUCUCAGAGUAAAUUUUGCAUCAGCGGUUGAUAUAAUCUCUUUAAUGUCAACUUUCUUAUUUGCAUCACACAUCAUAGCCUGCAUUUGGCAUUUUAUAGCAAUCUAAGAAGCUGCAUUUGAAGAGAACACAUGGAUUCAAAGAGCCAAUUUGGAUGAGGAUAAUUGGAAGGCCAGAUACAUUACAAGUUUUUAUUGGGCUUGUAUUACAACGUUAACUAUCGGUUAUGGAGAUAUUAUACCAGUUACUCAAUACGAGAAGAUAUUUGUAAUUUUUGUAACUCUUUUAAGUUCAAUAAUAUUUGGAUAUACAAUUUCAAGCAUAGGGUCUAUUUUUGCUUAAAUGAGCGAGAAUAAAAACUAUUUAAGAGAUAGAAUGACAGUGAUUGAUUCUUUCCUUAAGAAAAGAGGAUUGAAUAAGGAUUUGUAGGUGAAAGUAAAGAAAUUCUUUGAAUAUUUUUUGAAAUAAGAAAGAGAUUAAGAAUCAGAAUGUGAAAAAUUAAUGUAUCAUCUAUCUGGAAGCCUAAAUAAGGAAGUAAAGAUUGAUUUUUACAAAAAUUUGUUAUGUGCUUCUAAACUAAUCAGGCAGAACUUUUCUGCUCAAUUCAUUGAAAAGUUGUGCAUUCUAGUUAAAGAAUAAUCAUUCGUACCAGAAGAAAUUAUCUCUGUUGAAGGAUAAAAAGUUGACAAGAUUUACUUCAUACUCAAAGGAGAAGUAGAAGCCUAUAUAAGUAACAAUAAAACCAUUAAAAUCUAUUCAAGGAAUUAAGCUAUUGAUGAAAAGUCAUUCGUUUCUCAACACCCAGCUUUGUUUUCGACAAGAGCUAUUAAAUUUUCAAAAUUAGCCUACAUCACAUAUGAUGAUCUACAAGAUCUACUCAAAUAUAAUCAAGAAGAUAGAGAACACUUCUACUAGGUUAAACAUCAAAUAGAAUUUGGUGGAAGAGUCAAAAUGGGUGGAUGCGAAUUGUGUCAUCAGAAUCAUGAUUUCAUUAAGUGUCCUUUCGUAUUCUAUACACCAAAUAGUUUAAGAUUAUUUAAAAAAAAUGAUCAUGAUGAAAAGUAACAUAGAAUGUAUUAAAUGCGAUCUAGAGAGGAGAGACUUCAUAAUAACUCAUUAGGAUAAUUAAGAAACCUAUAAUCUACAGCAUUUAACUAUUGUGCAUAUUAAGGAUUAUUAAAUGAAAUUGGUCCCAAUUCUGAAUUUAUUACAUCAAACAAAUUCAAUUUCUAAUAGGAUUCAGCUUAUGAAGAUAUGGAACCUAGUUUGACUAAUUCGGAUAAUGAAUCGGAGUAUAAACCAAUUAAAUCUUAAAAUCAAUUACAAAUUAGAAGAGAUUCGAGAAGAAAAGUCUCCGAUAAUAAUAAUAAAGAUAAUUAAUCUAUGAAAUCAAAAAAAAAGCAAACAAGAAUUUCUAUUUAAAAAGUGGGUUAAUAAAAUAGAAACUCCGGAUAAAUUGAGAGAGAGUAGGGCCAAUAAGAAAGAAAAUAUAAAUCCAGUGCUAAAAGAGCCACCUUAAUCUUAAAUUAGAUGAAACUUGAAUAAAGUGAAAGGGCAGAUGAGGAUCCUUUACAAACAUAAUUUUAAUAGACAAUUGCUCUUACAUUAUAGACCUAAUAAUAAGGAUAAUAAACACCAUAAGCCUAUCAUUCAGCUUAACUUGUAAGAACAUUUGAUGUGGAUCAAGUACAAUUGAUUGAAAUGGAUAUUGCUAAAAUUAUGGCAUCUAAAGAAUGUGAUGUUGAUACACAAAAGUAAAUGGAAUUUUAUGACACUCGAUUUAAUUUGGAUAUUGUAGUUGGGAAAUUGAAAAAAGUAAAUAAAAAGUUACCAUUAAAACUAAAACGAAAGAGAUUGAGAAAAUCAUUUGCAAGAUCCUAAUCAAUAAAGCAUAUUAGCUAAACCAAAUCUUGA